AUGGAUCACAUCGACUGCGCUGCAAUCUAUAUCGAUUCUCGUAUCCAGUCAGAGCGAUGGGUGUAUCAAGGCUCUCCGCCCGAAUCCCUGAUAUUCCCCGACGAACCCGAGUCACUCCGGUCGGAUGUCGAAGUCCUAUUGGGCGUCGCUCGGCGAAUGUAUCUCUGUCAAGCCGGCGCGUCGCUCGUCACGAAACUUGCGGAGCUAAGCGAAAGCCACUCAAAUAAUUGUACGCCCAUUUUUGCGUUUCUCGACAUCGACCUGCACGGCGAAGAGCCCGCUGCGUUAUCGCGUCGCAGCACCAGCCGCGGGUCUUGGCAGGGACCGCCGUCGCCUGCACCGCUCCGUCGCGGGUUUACAUUUUCGUCGCAGAGCGAGGGCAUGUCCGAUCUGAGGCUGCUCUCUGGCCUUUCCACAGACAUUCACGUUCAUGACGGCCCGAAUAUCGUCAUUCCCGUCGCGAUCCUGCGCCCGCCUGCGCGCGAGCCCACCUCCGCAGCUGCCGAUCAGCAACAGCCGUACAUCCCUCAUCCUCAACACAUCUCGAGAUGCUUAGACGCCGGUGCGGUGGAUGUGUUGACUGCACCUGUGGAUAGGGUUCGAAUUCAGAGUCUGGUUGUCCAUGCAUAUCGGACUCGGAAAACCGCUCUGAAGGAACAGUCGCGCUUCAUGUCAAGGCGGAAACUGCGCAAGCACUCUUGGGUGGGCGUGCAUGAUGAGCAGCCGUACUCCUACCUGAGAGAAGCCAUGGUGUCGAAACUCAUGAAAGGCAUCUGCAACCCGGAAGACGUCGUCGAGGAAUUGCAUGACGGAGAUUACUAUGUUAGCGAAGAACGCGAGAGCUACGUCAAGGAACGACUAGGCGAGUGGGAUUUCGAGGCGCACGAGUUUACCGACGAUGAACUGGUUUUUGCCGCCCAUGCGAUGCUUCAGCAUGCAUUCACGAUACCCGAGCUGGAGGAGUGGAAGUUAACGCCCGGCGAGCUCCAGACAUUUUUGCUGGCUUGUCGCGCGUCCUAUAACUCAUUUGUCCUCUACCACAAUUUCCGACACGCGAUAGAUGUCCUACAAUCCGUCUUCUGCUUUUUGCUACAUAUCGGCGCUCUGCCCAGCUAUGGAUCGAUUGGCGCCAACGCUGAUAAAAACUGCCCGAUCGCGUCUAUGCUCAAGCCGUUUGAUGCUUUGACAUUACUGAUAGCAGCGAUCGGCCACGACGUCGGCCAUCCUGGUGUGAACAAUUUCUUCUUGGUCAAGCUCAACGCGCCUCUGGCUCAGCUCUACAAUGACAACUCGGUGCUGGAAGCCUUCCACUGUGCUGCCUUCUCGCAGAUCCUGCGCCGCUACUGGCCCGCAGCAUUCAAAGACAAGGCACUGCGCAAGCUGCUUAUCAGUUCUAUCUUGGCCACAGACAUGGGUGUUCACCAGAAGUUCAUGGAACGACUGGGGGCUUUGCAGGAAAAAUACUCGGAAAAUAACCGGACAACAGAUGGCUGGAAGCCUCAAGAUAUCGAUAUGUACAAGACUUUGGUUUGUGGAUUGUUGAUCAAAUGUGCUGAUAUCAGUAACGUGGCGCGUCCAUGGGAGGUGGCUGAGAAGUGGACCAAGAUCCUGCAGGAAGAAUUUGCGAAUCAGGGCGAGAUGGAGAAGGAAGUUGGAAUGGAGACUGCUCUCUUUGGAGGGCCGCCUGAGCUUGGCAACGUAUACAAGCUCGCGACUGGCCAGAUGGGUUUCAUGUCGAUCUUCGCGCUUCCGCUCUUCGAAGGCGUCUCAGAUCUUCUGGAUGGCUUGAAGUUCACUGUCGACCAUAUUCGACGGAACCACACGCGGUGGCACUAUCUCGCAAAUCUGGAAAAAGGGAAGCCCUUCUUAAUGGUGGGACCCGGGCCUGACGGCCACGUUUCGCCUCGCUCACACAGUCCAUCGGCAAGCUACCGGGACACCCAAGCGACACCAAAGGUGCCGACAGUAACGCCGCCAACACCAGUGACAAGUCAUCCCAAGCCCACUGCCUCAUUCCCAGCAAAGGAACCGUAUCAGCAACGGAUUGACGAGGCUGACGACUACUUCGGUCCUCGAAGGUCGGCCCGUACGUCAGUGGGAAGCGCGUACAACGAGAAUCAAAUCAGUCCGGUCGUUUCUCCAGACACGCCGGGCCCGCAGAUGGACAUAACUGGGGAUUCAUAUCCGGUGGAUGAACCUUCUCGGAAAUCCUCGUGUGCCGUUCCAGAUAUGGGACCCGGAUCUAUCACCGAACCCAUGCCCACCAAGACGCCCACGAGCGGCGACGAACAGUCCCCGAGCAGUGCGGUUACCUAUGAUAACUCCGUGGAAGGGACGGGAGAACGUGCCAACGGGACAAGGAGCAUAUAUCGCCAUCACGCCAAUACCGCCUCGUCCGGCUGCACAUCGGCGCCCUCAAACUCCCAACGCAACAGUGGCACGCAUAGUAAUGCCAUGACGCCUAUCUCCCCUUCGACAAAUGCAACAAGCGUUCUAUCCGCAGAUAGUGAUGACCACGGCUACGUACGCGAUAUACCGCGAAGUGACUACGCGGACUGGGACAAUCGCAGUCCACGCGCUGGCUCACCGAAACAUGGAGACCGGGGAUCAGAGAACACAAUGCACUCAGGCCACAGUCAACUUUUUGAUGGUUCAGAUAGAAACCGGUCGGGCAACGGAAGCUCGACACACUCUGUCAACACGGGGAGCAGUACAGGGCAGACUCCGCAUUGGGACGAGUUGGGGCCGGAUCAGCCCACGCGCAAGCUGCCGAAGCGGCGCAGCCGUCUUCGUCUGGCGUUUUGGAGGCGUAAGAAUUAUCAAUCGCAUCAGCAUGAGUUGCCUGGGGAAUCGCGAUAA